GGGGCGGCCCGCACAUGGCCGCGCCGUCCCGCCCGGGCCUGCCCGAUGUCCGGGCGGCCGAGAAGCGGCUGCGGGGCCGGAUCCACCGCACCCCGCUGCUCACCAGCGCGAGCCUGGACCGCCUGGCCGGCAGACGGCUGCUCUUCAAGUGCGAGCUCUUCCAGAGGACUGGCUCCUUCAAGAUCCGUGGUGCCCUGAACGCUGUCAGGACCCUUGUUGAGGACACUCAGCGUGCUGGUGGGGGGCUGCCCCGUGCCGUGGUGACACACAGCAGCGGGAACCAUGGCCAGGCACUCGCCUGUGCUGCCCAGGCAGAAGGGAUCCCAGCCUACAUCGUGGUGCCCCGGACAGCCCCGGGCUGUAAGCAAGCUGCCAUCAGCAGCUAUGGUGCCACGCUGGUGCUCUGUGAGCCCAGUGACAAGUCCAGAGCAGAGACAGCAGCUCGUGUAGUCCAGGAGACAGGAGGAGUGAUGGUGCACCCGAACCAGGAGCCAGCAGUGAUUGCAGGGCAAGGCACUAUUGCCCUGGAGGUGCUGGAGCAGGCACCCGAGGUCAACGCCGUGGUGGUUCCUGUUGGAGGUGGAGGAAUGAUUGCAGGAAUAGCUGUGGCCAUCAAGGCUCUGAGACCAGACGUGAAGGUGUUUGCUGCCGAGCCACAGAAUGCAGAUGACUGUUACCAGUCCAAGGUAAGGGGGGAGCUGACCCCCAACCUUCACCCCCCGGACACCAUCGCAGAUGCAGUUAAAACCAGCAUCGGACCAACCACGUGGCCCAUCAUCAGGGACUGGGUUGAUGAUGUCCUCACAGUCUCAGAGGAAGAAAUCAAGAGAGCCACACAGCUGGUGUGGGAACGGAUGAAGCUGCUGAUUGAGCCAACAGCGGGGGUGGGAGUGGCAGCCGUGCUCUCGGAGCAGUUCCAGGCCAUCCCCCGGGAUGUGGAGAACGUUUGUGUCGUGCUCUGCGGGGGAAACGUGGACCUGAGCUCCCUGACCUGGCUGACAGACCUCCCUGGGAAAGCAGAAUGAGAAGGGAGUGGUGUCUGGAGCAGCAGAAACCUCACACUGCAGUUGUACAGUCUGGUUUGUGCACUAAAAAGAUUAAUGACCCCAAA